UACACCAAAUUGUGCUGCAACCAACAACCAGUAUCAAAUAGCGUCAUAUUAGAAAUGGUUGCAGCAGCUGAUACUCAAACUAUGCAAGACUAUAGUAGCAAAGAAGAUGAGGAAGUAUUUAUGAUGUUGAAGAAGAAGGCUGGUGAUGGUGAUAUUGAUCAGCACGUAUUCAAAGAGAUAUCUCGAACCGUCUCACUGGACGCUGUACGACAGCUAGGAGUGGCACUGGAUGAUAAUAUUGGGUACUUGAAUGGCCGGGUUGACUUCCCAAUUCUCAUCCUUCGGAUGGAUGGCGAAGAUCUCCUGGAUUUCAUUAAGGAUCCAAGCUACGAAUCCAAAAUGAUGACUAUAUUCAGUAAUAUUUCAAUCCGUCGACAGUUUAAUGGCAAUGAGGACCUUUCCGUUAAAGAUUAUUUUAUGGAAGCUGUGAAACAACUCACGGUAGAUCAUGGGAUGCCACCUUCUUCAGAUGCUUUUGUCAUGAACAAUAUAAUUCAGCCAUCUUUGGAAGCCUACUUUAAAAAUGUUAGCGGUGAUAGUCGUGGUUGUGUGCCGGAUGAUAAUAUGACCACCUUCUUAUUAGAAGAAUUCGAGAAAUUUGGACACAUAUUGGUACAACACCUAAAAGAAGAACCUAUUAUUGUUGCACAUACCCAAAUCACAUUUGAUGGAAGUAAAAUCAAGAAACUCUUAACCAACAAAUCCAACUUACUAGAAAAGGCGUUGGACAUGGCAGUGAUAGAGAUACAAAGAGAUCCGAAAUCAGUACUACUACCGUGUAAAGAAAUUUUGCUUCUCAUGUUUGAUCAUUUGGGUCCAUUAACAGGCUUGCCUCCUUAUGAAGCCAUUCACCAGAUUGAUAGAAUUGUGGACAAAGUACUUAUGAAAAUAAAGGCCGAAAACGAAGAACAAAAUAUGAAAAUAAUGGAAAAUGAGGAUAAGGUUAAGCACUUGAAGAUGUUAAUGAGAAUGUUGUUGGAGCAUAUCAUAUUGGAGUUAGAGGCUAACAAACCAAUUUCAGUCUCAUCCAAUUCUGUCAUUCACACAUGAUACCACCCUUUAACAUGCGUGAAUUGUCUUAAUUACUGUUUACUAAUAAUAAUCACCUCUAUACUCUUAUAUUUUUAUGUAGAGAGGUUGUGAUUUUUUUUUUCGUUUUUUGAAAAUUGUUCUGAUUGUAACAACCUUGGAACGAUGUGGGAAGUUCAAUAGUAUACUGAAAAUCCAAAACCUUCUUACCUGAGUCA